AAUUCCCAUCAUGCAUCAGAAUUAAAGGCGCAGCAACCCGUUGGCAGAGCGGACUUGAGAGAGAUUUAGAGGCUUUAAACCAAAAUUUGAUUAUAAAUUAUAAUCCACAGGGAAAAGAAAACAAGCGAGGCUAGGAUACAAAAAAUACAACUAAAAUACAAUAAUAUGUGACUAUGUCAGUCACAAUAAUCAAUCAAAUUAAACUUUGUGGACUAAAUUGCCAAAACACACAUUGCAAGGUAGUCUUUCAACAUCUAAUAGCAUUUUUACAAUAAUUCUAUUUUUCACUUCUUUGUAUUUGUAUUGACUAUCGGUAUGGAGCACAGAUAUUUUGCAUAAUUAUGCUGCAUGCUCUUUUUCACAGAUUUUCCUUUGAAUGUGUCUUUGAAGCCGGAAUAGCCCACUAAUUGAUGUAUUCAGACUGAUAUAGCCUAUAUAAGCAUGUUUUUCAUUGCUACACGCGAAUACAGAGCCUGUUUUCCCUGUAGUGCUCAUUAAAGUUUGAUCUAAACUUGCAUACCAAUGCUUUCCAACUAGCUUUCUUCUUUCACCCCACCCAAAUGAGGCUCGCCACAACUGGAUAAAUAUAAGCAAUGUAGACUUGAAAAACUGCAGGUUCUAAUUUGGUUAUCACGCCUUUAAGUGCUGGUUGUAACUCGUAAGCGAAAAGUGAUGCUGCUGAUGCAGGUAGAGACAGCCUAGAAUAAUAAGGGGCGGUACUUUUAACUCUUUUUAUUCCCCUCCCCUCGACUCCUCAACUUCCCAAGAUAACCUUCUCAUUUAUCAGUGUUUCUUUCCUUCAAAAGUGCCUUUUAGGAGCAGCAGGCACAAAAAACAAAUCCACACUUUCUACCAGACAUCUACAGCCUGUUUUAUCUGAUCCAUCUAAUCUUCGACAAUUGACGCUCCGCGCCCUGAGAGCACCGCGCCUGCAGUUCAAUGACACCUCUACCCGGUCAAAUCGAUAUUACCGACGUUUGUCUUUUUGCCGGUUAUUUCAAUAGGAUCAACCAGAAUAUGCAUCUGUAAGCAAUUAACCUGCCGGGGAACCGCCAGACGAAGACCUGUGGGGAGGAUUUGCCGCGUAAAAAAAAGCGAACAUGAAGCUCAUUUGCCAUGUCUAAGACAGCGGUGAAGAAGCUGCACUGGCGUUCCAAAGUGCAGGACAGCUUUGUCCCCUUGCUAGGCUCGUCGGGGGAGCUGGGGAUCGCCGUUGGUGGAGGAGCAGAUUAUGGAGAGUUUCCUUUCGUCACCUCGGCUCCCGGGGGUGGACUCACAGUGGGUGAUAUCAUCCUAGAGAUUGGGGGAACACCUGUAUUAGGGAUGACAUUAGGAGAUGUCCGUGGUGUCCUUAACUCCUGUCCCCAUCCUAUCCGCAUCAAAACUGUGUCACCAGGCUCCACAUUGUGCAAGGAUCUCAGGUUGUAUCUGAGUAAGUGCUUCACACCCGGCUCAGUGGACAGUCAACUUCAGCAGGUCAUCCGAGAGAACCUCUACCUCCGCGCUGUACCUUGUACAACCAGACAGCCCAGAGACGGGGAAAUCUCAGGAGUAGACUACAACUUUGUCUCCAUUGAGGAGUUCUUCUCUUUGGAGGAGUCAGGAGCGCUGCUUGAGAGUGGAAAGUUCAAAGGGAAUUACUACGGCACACCUCGGCCUGUUCACAUCAGUGCAGACAGUCCCCCCAUCACCUACCAGGAACAUCGCAACCUGCUCAGAAACUUCCGCACACGCAGCAAAUCCCUCAGCAACCUGGAGAAGGCUGCAGAGGACGCCGAGAACAGCGAGGACGACUCAGGCCUGUCAGGAGGCUCUGCAGGUGUCAGCAGCAGCAUCCAUCCCAGCUACCGGUCCUCCGGUCGGCCCCGGGCAUCCAGCGGAGGGGAUAGUCACGCCAUAGAGAACGGCAUCAUCAGCAGCAGAGGUGGUGCCAGGGUGAGAGGUGUGAUGCCUGAUCACUGGGAGCAGGCCUUCAGUGAUCCAGGAGAGUCUCACUACAUAGAUCACAACCCAAAGAGGACCAGCUGGCAGAGCCCUCGAGCUUCAAGCAGGGAGACUGUCUACAAAAAUGAAUGGUUCACAGACCAGCCUGGAGAGCUCAGGGGUUUCCCUGUGCACACACAUUUGACUAAGGGCUCCAGAGGGUUUGGGUUCAAUAUUGUGGGGGGCAGCAGGCCAAGAGAGUUCCUCCAGGUGUACAGUGUGACGGCAAGUGGACCCUCGGCACUCAAGACAGCGGACAUCCUGGUAUACAUCAAUGACGCCUGUGUGUUGGGAGUGUCUCACAAAGAGGUGGUCGAGAUGCUCAAGUCAGUGCCUGUGGGCCACAGUGUGGAUGUAGAGGUCAGAAGAGGGUAUCCCAUGCUCUACAACCCGGACGGUUGUCCCAAGCAGCCCCCGCCAAGGCUACUAGACAGCGGGGAACCCAUCCUACCACCCACCACCUCCCAGCCUCAGCCUCUUCACCAGCUACCUCGCCUCCCGACACCGACUCCCCAGACCCAACACUUUAACUUUAACGGGGUCUACAAUGACGGGAGCUACAUGGAGCCCGGGGUGACUUUAGAUGCUAACGGAAAUGCCACGUCUUUUGCUACCAGACAGCCAUACUCAUACAGGCGCUCCAGUAUGAGCAACACUGCCUCCUCCUACUCUCCUGCGCGACCACCUCGUUCCGUGAGAAGUUUAGCCAGACUGCAGUCGCUUGACCCGACGCUGGCCAGCCAGAGUGACAGUGAAGUUGUUUCUGCCAUCGGUUCACACAGGGCUUCAAUGAUCCGUAAUCACAACAACAACUCCCUCUCAACACCCCCUCAUCCGUUACGUUAUGGAACGUCCAAGUCAUCUGAGAGCGACUUGUCCACCUGCACCCUAUCGGGGUCCCGGCUGCCCCUUCCUCAGUCCCCACGGAGGCCCUCGUCCUCCCCCGUCGGCCCCCGGAGCGCUCACUCCCGUCUCUUCAGACCGCAGACAUCCCACCUCAGACCUCCUCCGACACCUGACAGCCCCCACCACCGUGGCUUCAACGGUUUCCAUGGCAACACCAGCCCCACUGCCAGCCCUAGCAGUGUGUCCUCCCCUGGGGCGAUGAGUGUGGGCAGUGGAGCUGGCGGUUUCAGCGGCGGGGAGCUGGUGCCAGUGGCCUUGUCUCAGUGUGAAGGAGACAGAGGUCUCGGCUUCAGCGUGACAGCCGGCGGUCCGGGAGGCAGCAUGACAAUAGUUAAAAGAGUCUGGGACAGGAAGCAGUGCAACUCCCUACAGCCAGGGGAUGCUAUUGUCAAAAUAAACGGAGCUGAUGUCCAGAGUCUCAGUUUUGCACAGGUACAAACUGUUCUCCAGGAGCACACCAAACAGGGAGAAGUCAUCUUGUUGGUUUACAGGGGAGGCAUCUAUCAUUCAACCGUCUCCCCCGGCUCUAUUCGGAGACUCCCCCCUCCUCUACUUCGCCCUCCUCCUCCACCUGUUGGCUCAGACAACUCCUCUAUCCUCCCAGAGGCACUACCUGUGCCCCGUACUUCGAUCAGCACCCCUCCCUCCCCGCUUCCCACACGUUCCUCGCUGAUCCAGAGCACCAGUUUCUUGGAGUCGAUUCCAGUGACCCUGACCAUGGAGCCCAAAGACUGGAUCAACACGGGCCUGGAGGACGAGGCGGCUGGUGUCGCAGAGCCUGAUUCAGGUCUGGAAAGGCAGGGUGUUGAACGAACUCAGCCGCUCCGAGGGUUUGAAGUGGAGCUGAGGAGAAAGCCAGGAGAGGGCUUUGGGUUUGUCAUUGCCUCUCAGGAUGUGGAGAAUGGCAAAGCUGCUUCUCUUCUCCCUCACCGAUUUGUGACGGUCCGGCGAGGCAGUCCAGCAGCCAAGAGUGGUCAGAUCCGCCCUGGAGAUCGAUUAGAGGCAGUAGAAGGACGCUCAGUGGUGACUCUGCCUCAUCGGGAGCUUGCUCAGAUCCUCCGCCGAGCGGGAAAUACUUUACGCCUCACUAUUAUCCCCCGUCCUAGUACCUACUCUUCAAGCCUUUCAGAAACCACUGAGUAUGACCCUGGUCACAGAAGCAGAAAGGGUCAGAGGUCACGUCCAAAGCGUGACUCCAGGUAUUACAGUGUAGACCUGGAUCGUGGCCCCUCAGGCUUCGGCUUCAGCCUCCGAGGGGGCAGUGAGUACAACAUGGGCCUCUAUGUCCUGGCACUGAUGGAGGGAGGGCCGGCCUCACGGAGCCAAAGAAUGCAGGUGAGCGAUCAGCUGGUGGAGAUCAAUGGGGACAGCACAGCAGGGAUGACCCACAGCCAGGCGGUCGAGCAGAUCCGCAGAGGAGGCCACCGAAUCCACCUGGUGCUCAAGAGAGGAAACGGCUACGUGCCUGACUAUGGCCGUGAGCACAGAAUCACCUCCCCCUCCCUCCUGCAUCACCCCAAGGAGCAGGGUUUGGCUGCAGUAGAGUCCGCUGGGCGGAGGGGGCGCAGCUCCAAGCAGAAGAAGAGAAGCAGGUCUUCAGAUGGACGAGAGAAAAGGAAAGGAACAGAAAGGAGAAGGAGACGACGGGGCUCGUGGGGAGGAGAACGCUCGGGUAUACGAAGCCCCAUCUCUGAGCCUGUGGAAGAGGAGGGAAGGCGGGGAGAGAGGUCUCGGGAGGCCAGGGAAAAGAGGAGGAGGAGAAAAAGAGAAACUCAGAGUUUACCCAGAGAUGCCCUCAGGAGUUAUGAUGAUAGCGACGCAGAACGAGAGAAGGUGAGGGGAAGGAAGAAGGAAAGGGAGAGGGGGAGAAGCAGAAGCAGAAGCAGAGGGAGGAAAAGCAGGAGCGAGGAGAGAGUGAGGAGGGCAGAGGAUGAGCAACCUGAGCAAGAGGAAGAGCAGGAGGUACCUGCUGUUGAGGAAAGAGUGGAAGAAAAAGUGGAGGAGGUGGAGGAGGAAGUUGAUGUAGAGAGAGAAGAAAGUGAAGAGGAUGUUAUCCUACCCAUUCCGAAUCCUAAUCAAAAGCUUCCCAGACCCAAACAAAACUGGGAGGUGAAGUAUGAUGAAAACUGGGACAUGGCAGCAGAGUACAGGGAACUGAGGAAAGUGAAGGAGCUGGAAGGUGAAGGUGUGAGGGAGCAGGAGAGGUCAUGGGAUGGGAAUAGAGAGACAGAGUUGAGCGAGGAUCAGAGAGACGAUCACGCACAGAGUAGCGGGCACGUCGAGGGGCCUUUACCGAGUGUUGCUGCGAUAGAUGUGGUGUCACAGAGAAAGCCCUUCUCCUUCCUCACCUCCACACUGUCCAUAGAGCAGCUCGGGGAUGAUGAGUCAGAGUCUGGAGGCAGCCAAUCUGAUGGCAGCGUGUCUGCUGCCAGUAUCUCAGGCCUUUCUCUGGCCGCCACAAAAACAAACGGGCGCAGGGCCGUGAUGCUGCCAGGCCCAUGGCUCACACCCAGCCAGCAGAGGGUGGCUCAGGUCUUAGAUGAGAACAGGAGCCCCGGGAGCCGGACAGGGCAGGGAAGAGGAAGAAGCGCUGUCUCUUGACUUCAACAGGGAAUUAGAGCGUGCAGCAGCUGAAUGAUACCGUAUCAGAUUCUGUCAGUUUCACACUGUUAGAGCUCGACUUGUUUUUCUGCAGCUACCCACACUAACAACACUCACGUUUCUUCUCUCAGUCACUUUGAUAUCUACAGUAGUAUGAAGUCAUAUUCUUUGUGCCUUUUUACAGCUGACCUCUGGCUGAUGUUAAAUGUCGAUAUUACAACUUGUAAAUGGAAACAUUUUAUGUCUAUUUUGCUGGUGAAACAACAGUGACAUUGUCUUUUUUUUUAAUGUUGCACAUGUCUUUAAGUUUGCAGCGUCUGUGAUAGAUGUUUCCAGGACAACAAGGUAUUUCAGACAUCUUGGUUUAAACUACUUCCUAUCUCUCUCUCACCUCUCUGCUUCUCUCUGGCUACUUUAGCAGAGUGUCGUCUUUUAAGUACCCCCUGUACGAAGGUACUGUACAAAGACUGCAUAGACAUUCACUUAUACCUCAUGAAGAAACUGAGCAAUAAUAAUGCAACUGUCCAAGACUAUCAGUCAUCCACAUCCACUGCGCCAUGUCGAUCUGGCCUGAGGGGAAACAGUCUAACAUGUUUGUACAUGACCCGUUUUUGUGUUAUCACUACAUGUGCACACUUGCCACGACUUGUAAUGUUGUUCCAUAUAAAUGAAUAUUUGAUUGUGAUAAUGCAAAUCCCUUUUUUGACAGCAGGUGUGAAAUAUAUAUUCUGUAAAUAUUUGUAGAGAAAUAAAUAAGAGGACCUAUUGUAAAUACUACACUAACUGGAGCCAAGCCCCGAUUUGUAUUACUCUAUUGUAAUACAUCAUGAUAUAUAUCUAUAUAUAUACAUAUAUAUAUAUAUGCAGUAUAUCUAUAUAUUACAUACAACAACUACCCAUUCAUAUUAUUUAUUAUUGUGUGAUGAGAAAUAGUGUGGAAAUUGGUAUAUAGCUUUCGUGAAGGCUCAAACUAAGAACUAUAUUGUACCUGCCCUAUUCAUAAAUGAAUGUUUUUGUAAUAUGCUGCUUGAGUGUGAAUUAGGAUGCUCUACUUUGUACCCUACUUCAGAAGUCAGCAAAAGAUGCCAAAAGUAUGCAUCCGGUGUGCAUAUUUCAAGUACUGUUAAUAUUGUGUAUCUGGUGUCAGAACAAAACCACUAUCUAUAUUCUAGAGAGUGCCGUGCCCAUUGUGCCACGUACAGUUGCCUUGGUAACAUAAACCACCUUAUCCUAACCACUUAUUUUUCUUACUGUGAAACCCUUGCUCUGAGGUCUCAAAUAAGAGAGGUGGGCGAGCCGUUUAGUAAUUUCACUCAUGCCAAAAAUAAAAAAAAAAGGCCCUUACUGUAAAUCCAUAGAAAAAAUAAUAAUCAUAAGCUUCUGCAGAAUCCGAGCUCAGUGUUGUGUCUGAGAUGUCAUAAUAGCACAUUAUUUUCUUUUGUUCCCUUUUUUUUAAAUUCUGUUAAGGGAAAAAAAAACAAAAAACAGGAGUCAAGGUGAAUGGAUACUGUGAGAUGUUAUUUUUCUAUGAAAUUAUCUUUUUUGAAAUACUCAGGUUUUCAGAUACUUUGCUCUAGAAAAGCCAUCAGGAGGUAAAGCUACAGAAAGGACUUCACAUAAUUUUCAUAACACAGACCGGAUUCAUAUUAUUUAAACGUUGAGGCAAUUGUAUGUUCCUUACGGCAGCAUUAGGAGACGCAGACUGUUAUUUAUUACCAGCCCGUAAUUCUCUAAAGGUUGAUGCUCUAAGUGAAGUCAUUCCUUCAUUUGUUCCCAUCAUGAACAAAUCACACAAGUAAGACGAGUUGCUUGGUGUGCCCUGCCCCGUUUGUUUGCAUUGCUGUGCCGCACAGACUGGAAGCACAGUGACCAAACCUUAAAAUCCCCCCCAACCAAUGACCAUACAGUGUAGCUCGAUAGCCUAUAUGUAAGACUUAUUUUAUAACGUUUGCUAAUGUUCUUUUUUUAGACUUUCAUUUCCCAAGGGAGAUUAUAUGGCUGAACUGUAAACACAUUCUAAUAAAACUGCAAAUAAACUGCUGAACCAAUUUC